AAAGGAGUGGUGAUUAGGUCUGUCUUUGCCUAAAAAAUACGUUUUUUCUAUGAUUCAUUAACAUUUUGUGACUGGUGACCGUUAUAUGUGCAAGUUAAAGUUGUUCUACAUGUGAUAUAUUGUUGGUAGCGUUGAAAAACAUCGCGAAAUAGUGUAAUUAACGAUGUAAACGUUGGUUAUGACGUUUACUACGGUGUAUUUGUGUGUGUGUGCGUGAGUGACAGCAUUGCCGACGACCGUUGAAGCGAAUCUUGUAACGGAAUAGGUACCUAUUGGAUGUGAAUGCUGUUUUCGAUGUUCGCCGUUGCAGCUUUGUUUCGCUCUAAAUACGGCGGCGGCGGCGCAAAGGCAAAUUAAACUGUGAAAAAGAUCAGACGGACAUCAUGGCGGCGGCGUUUGCGCGCCAAAUCCCGCGUCACCGGCAGCGCCAUCUGUCAGCGGCCGGCGGUACCCACUUCCGUAGUUUGAAUCAUUCGGACCGUUCGAAAUAGUCAUUUGUGAUUUAACUGUGACAGUGCGGGGUCGUUAUGUGAUAUAGUUAUAUAAUUUUAAGUGUUGUGUUGUGUUUGUGUGUUUACGAUGUCUGAGGAGAGGUCGCGGCGGUUGUCGCAGAUCUUCGACCCCCUGGCUCGGUUCACGGACAUCAGCGGGGCUGGCCACUCGGCUAGUACCCCCAACAGUCCUCGACUGCUGCCGAGGAGGUCGCGAGAUCCGCCGCCCCCGCCACCUAGGCCCAUAGCUCACUCCUCUCGUCUCGAUCCUCUGGAGUACGAGCUGGCGGCUGCCGAGGUCGGCUCCAUCAACUGGCAGGAGAGGUGCUUGGAGCUGCAACUGGAACUACACCGCAGCAGGCACCAGGCCACCAGGGUCCGGGAUAUGCUGAGAGAUAAGCUCUCGGAGCUCGAGCAGCGAGUCUUGGAAGCCGAGGGCAGGGCAGAGGAAGCGGAGGACAAGGUCCGCGCCAUGGAGCAGCGGCUCUGCGAAUGGCCAGCGGGCACUGAUGGUGCACCUCGGGCCAUUACGCGGCUAGAGGGCCAAAUAGAGGAACAGAAGCAGCUAAGACUCCAGGACGCGAAACAGGUGGAAGCGAAGGCAGCCCGGAUCAAGGAGUGGGUAACCAACAAGCUAAGGGAGUUGGAACAACAGAACCAGUUACUCAGGGAACAGAACGACCGCUGCAACCAGCAACUAGAACUGCUUAGGAACCAUAUUGCCGCUUCGGGGAGUAGGAAUUGUACUCUACCAAUAAACUCUGCGGAGCCCCACUACAGUACACCGGUGCGGCAUCGACGGAACCUGUCCAUCGGUACUACCAACAUAGCGAAUAACGUCAAUGCAGCCAACCCUCCGGGGCUGAACACCAUGAAUAGAACUAUGGAUGAGAGGACCACUGCCAGCUUAUUGGCUGAUGAUUUAGCUGCUGCAGUAGAGAACUUAGUGGUGCUACCUACAACGCCUAACACUUCUACCGACGGUGACACCACGCACGAUUACGCUGAAAUUUAUACUCCUAGCAGAGAACGAACUCCCGCGUGGCAAGGCACCGUGAACGUGAUAGUGCAGGGCAACAGUCGCGGCGGCUCGUCCACGGGCGACUCGUCCGCGUCCGACCAGCCGCGUCCGCCCACGCCGCCGCUGCACCGCUUCCCUAGCUGGGAGGCUAAGAUCUAUCAGGUGGCAGACGAUGGUCUCCAACAAUCAGUAGAAGAAGAACUAAGUCCCCCGCCGUGUCCGCGGCCGAUGCCCGAGUCCACCAGCUACCAGGAUAUAUCCGUCCCCGUUUACGCCACUGUUAAAGGGCGCGCGAGUCAGAUAAGGUCGAUGCCGUUCACGGGCGACUCGUCGGACGACUCGUCCGACGGCGAGGACUCGCUCGGCGUCACUGUUCAUAAUACGCCGCAUCACCAGCUCGUCAAUGUUAAUCCUGUCUUUAGUGCCCAAACAUCAACGCCCCAACCGAUCAACAACGUGCCCCACCCAAACGUCUUACCCUCAAUACAGCAGACCACCAACGGCCUAGUUCUGACAAACAGUGCGAACGGUCAGUGCAGUUCGUCUGACACCAGUCUGAGUGCCAGUAGCCCGUCCAAGAGUGUGAAAACCAGUUCUAGUCUGUCGCCAGCUAAGAGGUCUAGCAGUGGGUCGCCUAGUAAGCAGAGUAAGACUAGAGACACGUCGUUCGAGUCGGGCAUGUCGGACGACUACGCGAUCCCGCCGGACGCGGUGUCGUGCGACAGCACGGCGUCGCCCUCGCUCGCAUCGCUCUGUCGGGCACCGCCGACUACUGAUUCACCGAGACGACACGACGCGUUGGAGAAGAGUGGACAUCUGGCUAAGCUUGGGGGGAAGUUGAAAACUUGGAGGAAACGAUGGUUUGUCCUCAAAAACGGCACACUAUCCUACUGGAAGUCGCAAUCCGAGGUGAACCGAAAGCCUCAAGGUCAGAUAGGGCUCGGUGAAGCCUGCAAGAUAUCCAGGAAUGAGGGAGCGGCUACCUUCGAGAUCUUCACUGGCAGCAGGACUUAUUAUCUUACUGCUGACAGUAUCGCCACUAUGGAAGACUGGAUUAGAGUUUUACAGAAUGUCCAAAGGCGGAAUGCAACGAAACUCCUGUUAAGCAAAGAGGAUAACAAGCCUACGAUCCAGGGUUGGCUUACGAAGGUCAAGAACGGUCACGCCAAGAAGAGCUGGUGUGUUCUCAUUGGAAAGAUGUUCCUGUACUUCAAGUCGCCGGGUGAUCAGAACCCCACCGGUCAGAUCAACAUGCGUGACGCCCGAGUAGAAGACGUAGAACACGUUUCUGACUCAGACUCGGAAGAGAAGAACGAUGACACCCGCAACCACCUCACUGUGGCUAUAUACCCACAGCACCAGGUAACUGGGGGUCCGACAUACCUCCUGUUCGAGAGCAAGGCUGACAAGGACUCGUGGCUGUACCAGCUGACGGUGGUGAGCGGCGGCGGCCUGAGCCAGGGGACGCACUUCGAGCAGCUCGUGCAGAAACUCAUGGAGACUGAUGGCGAUCCUAAUUGUGUUCUAUGGAGGCAUCCAACGUUGCUAUACUCGAAAGAGAACCUCACGUCUCCGCUCACGUCGCUCAACUCCGAGGCGUUGCAGGCAGAAGCUUUAAAACUAUUUAAGUGCGUACAACUAUUCAUGUCAGUAGCAGUCGAACAAGCCGGCAUCGACUACCACGUGGUGCUGGCCCAGAACGCGUUGGCGCAGUGCCUGGAAGUAGGGGAACUCCAGGCGGAACUGCUGGCGGCCCUGGCCCGGCAGACGGCCCCGCACACGUCCAGCAAGCUCGGCGUCCAGGUAACGGCCUCGCCCGCCCGUCGCACGCAGCUUAAAGCGGCCAAGCUUAAGAAUGCGCCGUUGUUAUCCGUGGAUUGUAAGAGUAACCCGCCGACCUACAGUUUUGUACAAGGAUGGCAGUUGUUGGCCUUAGCUGUCAGUCUGUUUGUGCCUAAGAAUAAUAGACUGUUGUGGUACUUGAAGCUGCAUUUGAGCAGGCAUGCUGAUACUAAAACGGAAUGCGGUAAAUACGCGGCGUACUGUUCCCGCGCACUAGAGCGAACUAUCCGCAACGGUGGACGGGAAGACAAACCGUCGCGUAUGGAAGUGCUCUCCAUACUCCUGAAGAACCCAUACCACCACUGUCUGCCUCACGCCAUACCUGUGCAUAUGCUCAAUAAUACUUAUCAGGUAAUAAGUUUCGACGGUUCGACAACAGUGGAAGAGUUCCUAUCGACGUUAAGUACAGAGCUCGGGUGUCGGGAGUCGGCGGCGUCGGGCUUCGCGCUCUUCAGUGACGAUCCUAUCGAGAAGGAUCUAGAACAUCAUAUCAAGCCUGAUAAGAAACUAUGCGACGUAAUAUCAAAAUGGGAGACGGCGCUCAGAGAGAAGGGUUCAGGAAAGUUCGAGAACUCUCGUGUCAUCCGACUCACGUACAGAAAUAGGCUUUACUUCAAGAACUCCAUUAGAACUGAAACGGACAAGGAACGACUGUUGUUAUGUUAUCAAGUUAAUCAACAAGUGGUAGCCGGCCGUUUCCCGGUAACCCGGGAGCUGGCGGCGGAACUAGGCGCGUUAAUGGCGCAGCUAGACAUGGGCGACUACUCCGCCGUCAACUCGCAGCACAACCAGCCGCUCGCGCAUCGGUUCUACCCCUAUAGGUAUAGGGCCGGCCUUAGUAAUGAUGAACUUAGGGACGUAGAAGAGAAGCUCCGUUCGAAGUGGGUAGCGUUAAAGGGCCGGAGCACGGCGGACUGUGUGCGGAUCUACCUCAACUGUACGAGGAAGUGGCCUUUCUUUGGUGCUACACUAUUCCAAGCUAGGAUAAAACAGCCAGACUUAUCAAUGGUAUGGCUAGCGGUAUCAGAAGAGGGAGUGACGGUGCUAGAGCUCGCGUCCAUGUCCGUCAUCGGCCGGUACGCGCUCAGCUCUAUAGGGCUUUUUGGUGGAUUACAGGAUGAUUUAAUGAUGUUGAUCGACGCUGAAGACGCAGCUAGUCCGGUGCAUAAGAUGUUGAUUAGUCUCAAUAAGCCUAAAAUGGCCGAGCUAACCCAUCUAAUAGCAGACUACAAGAACGCCUUACUGCGCAGCGCCGGCACCGGCACGCCUCAGAUGAACUCCCUCACGCGCCACGGCUCGCACCGCUCGCUGCGCAAGCCCGCCACCCUCCCCCACUCCUCGCCCUCCACUCUGCCGCACGUGCACCACGCCCACGCCACCGCACACAACACCCUCAACUCGCACGCCACCACCAUGACCCUCAACUCCGACAGGAACGCCACUCUAACCCUCAGCUCCCAUACUUCCACCUUCAACCAACAUGUGGAAGCUAGAGUCCUGUCCCAUGGACAACCAGAUAUAUUGAAGUCGACGCCUGAUCAUCACAGGAGUGAGAAGAAGAGAAGUCACACGCAAGACAGUGGAGUCGCGUGAUUGUGAGUGAAAUGACUAAGUGAAUGUGAUUUUUAGGGAUGUGUUGUGGCGGUUUUUUGGAAUUUGGGAGUCGCAUUUUUGAAGUUUGUUUUAAGAAGUGUUGGUAAGUUUGCCGAAUAAUUUGUUGUAAAAUGUACAGAACUGCAGAUUUGUUUUUAAAGUCACUGAGACUUCUCUUGCCUGCCGAUUGCGACAAAGUGUACCGAAAAAUGUUUAGUGAUUUUCUUUUGUCAAUAAAAAAUGUGCUUCAAAAUUCUGAAAGCCGUCGGCGUCGUUAACUAAAGGAUAGAGAAGGCCCGCAAACAGAAAGUUACAGCAUUCCACCAAAUAUAAGACGAUGGGAAAUAAACGAAAUAAUAAUAUACCUCAUAUUUUGUAGCGAACGAUUCAGCCUAUUUUAAUUGGCUUUUUAAAUAUAGAUUUAAAGAAUAGUUUAUAAUUUAUUUUUUCAGCGUAAUAAUUAUAAUUUAACGGUCGUUCCGUUUAGUGAAUUCGGCUUGUUGUAUGUACAGAUGUGUGGUUCGUAUGAAUGUGUUGUUUAUACGCGGUCUAAAUGCCAAUUUUAUACAUAGUUGUUAUGUACGUACAGGGUGCAAUAAACGAUAGUGUUAUAACUGGUCACCAAUUUUUGAACCAUUAUUCAGGACUCCCUGGACUUGACCUUUCAGAAUUAUUUGAUUAUUGGACUUAAUUUUAGUA